UAUAUUUCAGUUUGUUUCGGACUGUCACGGUGUGAGGCUGCUUUUUGUUGGUGAACCGAUUUUCCGCGCGUUAAUCGUCAACGAGAUGGCAUCGGCUUUUAAGAACUUUAACAAGUUCGGCAGUGUCCUGUCCACAUUGAAAAAAGUUUCUCCAAGGAAUUAUUACACUUACGUAAAAGAACCUGCCCAGCCGAUCAAAGGGAAAGAACCGAAAUGGUGUUCAGCUCAAGAAGCUUUCACAGAUUUGCAAUCAGGAAAUACGGUUUUUGUGCAAGGAGCAGCCGCAACACCCGUUCCGUUACUGGAUGCAAUGACGGAAGUUGGCAAGCAAAAAAAAUUAAAAGACAUCACAGUUUGUCACAUGCACACUGAAGGAAAUGCAGGAUACCAUGAUAAAUCCUGCGAAGGUAUUUUCAGGUCAUGUUCUUUCUUUAUGGGCGGAAAUGUAAGAAAACCGGUAGCUGAAGGUCGCGCGGAUGCCAUUCCUAUUUUCUUAUCAGAAAUUCCUCUUUUAUUUUAUAGAGGAAUCGUGAAACCGGAUAUCGCAGUUAUUCACGUUUCUCCCCCGGAUAGUCAUGGUUUUUGUAGCAUCGGCACCAGUGUUGAUUGUGUCCGAGCUGGUAUGAUUCAUUCCAAAAUCAUUGUUGCAUUGGUAAAUAAGCAAAUGCCAAGAACAUUUGGAGACAGCAUCAUCCAUAUAAGUCACAUUGAUUAUGCUGUGAAACACGAUGGACCUUUACCAACGCACGGUGGUCGCCCCCCAAGCGACGUCGAAGCCCAAAUCGGUAAAUUAAUCGCUGAAAAUUUAAUCGAAGACGGCGCUACCCUCCAAAUGGGUAUUGGAAACAUCCCCGAUGCCGUCCUUGCUCAAUUAACGAACCACAAAGACUUGGGGAUUCACUCCGAAAUGUUCGCUGAUGGUGUUGUUGAUUUGGUUAAACUUGGUUGUGUGACAAAUAAUAAAAAACAAAAACACCAAGGAAGAGUUGUUGGCUCGUUUUUGAUUGGGACGAAAAAGUUGUAUGAUUUUGUUGAUAAUAAUCCGUUCGUUGAAAUGCUUAGAGUCGAUUAUGUAAAUAGUACAAGAAUUAUUGCUGAACAACCAAAAAUGACCGCGAUAAAUUCUUGCAUUGAAAUUGAUUUAACUGGACAAGUUAAUUCAGAUUCAAUCGGUACAAGAAUGUAUUCCGGAUUUGGGGGACAAAUAGAUUUUAUUCGAGGGGCCGCGGAAUCUUUAGAUGGAUUGGGAAAACCAAUUAUUGCUUUACCAUCGGUUACUAAUAAAGGAGAAUCAAAAAUUGCCCCCGUUUUAAAACAGGGUGCUGGUGUUGUAACAACUCGUGCUCACGUUCAUUAUGUUGUAACCGAACAUGGAAUUGCUCAUCUUUUUGGAAAAUCAUUAAGACAACGAGCUCACGCUUUAAUCCAAGUCGCUCACCCCAAUCAUAGAGAAAGUUUAGAAAAAGCCGCCUUUGAACGUCUUAAGUGUAUGCCAACUCCUUAAAGUAAUCGAUUAGGUACAAAAAUCAGUUACAUGUUUCGAAACAUGAAGCUAGGUAUUAAAAAUAUUGUUAUCAGGUUAUCUUCGUAAGCACACAUACCAUGUGAUGAUGAAGUUUUAUAUCAAUAUACACAGGAUUAAAAAAAAAACGUUUUAA